AUGCGGACUUUGCAAGCAAGGCAGCAGACCGUAGGUCGGUAUCAGGGGGGAUCGUCGCGUGUGGAGGAUGCGCUGUCUUGGUUUUCCAGAACGCAGAAGUGUGUUACGCUUUCGACGACAGAAGCAGAGUACGUCGCGCUUGGUGACGAAGUGAAGGAGAUCUUGUUGUUGAGGCAGAUUUGGCGUUUCAUGUUGCCGCAGGUCGACAUGCCGUGCAUCCCAGUCUUCGAGGACAACCAGGGGGCGAUUCAACUAGCGCAGAACCCCAUCUCAAAGUCUAUCUCGAAGCACAUAGAUGAAAGGCACCAUUUUCUCAGAGAACUGGUAGAGAGGAAGGAAAUCUCGGUGAUCCACGUGCCGUCGCCAUAUUAG